AGGCUGACAAAAAUUCUUAUAAAAUGAGGACAAAAUUCAAUUUGAAUUAGUCGAGUGGACUCAUCGAUCAGCAAUGGUAGUAAAGAGAGUCGUGUUAUCCAGCUGUUCGUUACCAAGUCAAAUUUCACUUAUUAUCAUGGCUAACUACGUCACAAUGCUGCUGUUGGUUGUUGUUUCUUUGAUGGCUGGAGAGGCCGUGGGUGGACCGAUGGGAUCGUCUUCAUCCGGGUACUACACCACUCCGGCGUCCUACUACACCACUAAGGCUCCCGCGUACUACACAACGAAGAAGGCCGAGUAUUACACGACAACAUAUGCUGCCCCGAGCUACUACACCGAGCCUCCCAAGUACUACACGACCAAUUGGUAUUCAUCAGUCUGGAUCACAACGAAGAAGGCCGAGUAUUACACGACAACAAAUGCUGCCCCGAGCUACUACACCGAGCCUACCAAUUACUACACGACCAAAGCGCCGGAAUACUACACAACUACGUAUGCUGCUCCGACGUACUACACUGAAGCCCCAAAGUACUACUCGGCUCCAAGUUACUACGCAGAGGCCCCAGUUUAUUACACUACGACAUACGCUCCUCCAAGUUACUACACCGAGUCACCCAAAUACUACACAACAAAGGCAACGGAGUACUACACAACGACUUACGCUACACCAAGCUACUACACCGAGGCUCCUAAAUAUUAUGCUGCACCCAGCUACACCACCUGUAGCUGGGUGGUGUAGGGGAUGAUGACCCAUCGGUUGGGUCACCAAAUGUAAAAAGAAACAAGCACCAGUGGCGAUAGGGUGAAGGAAAAAACAAUCACAUGGAGCGAUAAAGAAAGGUGGUGUCUAAAAAUGAUGACCGCCUUCACUUGUAAAGAUUGUAUUCGAUUAGUUCUCUCAUAUUUAGGAAAAAUCUAAUCAGUUCCAUUAAGUUUUUAUGUGUAAACCUGUACGAUACUUCGCUAUAGCUUUACUAAUACUAGCUACAAGCCGGAAUACAAAGCCCCCAGCUACCCAGCACCAAAGUACCCUAC